AUGUCUAUUUUCCUGGGUUUUUGUCCCAACUCCUCAAUGACUUCUUCAGGAGUUAAAUUUUUAUUACGGUAUACCGACAACAUGGUCAAUCCAUUUAAUCUGUUCACCGUCCAAACGGGAGCACAAACAGUGCGGACAAAUAUCACCGUUUCAUUUCGCCGCCGCCGAACGCAGUUUUCCGCCGCCGUCCUCUUCUUGCCGUAUCUGGUGUUCACCGUUUACUCGGGAGCACAAACAGUACGGGCAGUACCGAUUCAGAAUAUUGACACCACCAAUCGAGCAGCAGUGUUACAGUGCCAAUUCAUAAUAUUGAUACCGCCGAUCGAGUCACCGUGUUAA